CCGUGCCCGCCCCGCGUGUCCCACCCGGGAUUUAAACGCUGCGUCGAAACUUCCCUCUGGUAUUCAAUGUGUGCCGCACAUUCCUGUAGCUCGGAGUGACCCUGGGCGAGACUUCCCACACUUCGGACCGCUAACAGAGCUGGACACUUAAGAUGAAGUAGUUAGCAAAGCUUUUGGGAGCAGCUCAGACCCAGGUUUGCUGUAAACUACCUACCGUAGCUAUAAUGACACCAGCCGUCAGAGAGGCAACAACAAAAGGUCAUGGUAUCCACUUGUCACCUUCUUUGUCCUCUAGAGCUAUGGAGUCUGAUACAGCUUUGUGCGUGGAAAAUUCCAGAGCAGUGGAAGAGAAGAUAAAAGAGGACUCCAUUGCACAGAUUACUUGCUCAGUCCUGGGGUUUCCCACUGCUGAGCCCAGCCUCAGGAAUGAUAUCUUCAAUGUGCAGCAUUUUGGUUCCCCACCAUCCUCCAAGUGCUAUCAGUCUGUCUUGUUAAUGAGUACAAAUUCUGCGUUUAGCAGCAAAACUGGUAAGCAAACGAAAGCAGGAGAGCCUGGCUGCUCCAAGAUGAGAAAGCCGUUACAUAAUGGUGCUGACACACCAUUUGGUCAUAUUAAUCGUUCAGAACCUGAGCAACAGGUCAAAGGCGCAGCGUUUUCAGAGACCACAUCUCCAAACUUGGCAGGAAUGCAGAGACUUUCAGGUUCAAGUGUAACUGAAUCCAGUAACGCAGAAGAAAUGCAACUUUUAAAUGGUAAAUGGUACAAGAAGAAUGGGGUUUUGGGUAGGGCUUUGGAAGUCUGCACUGAAACAAUAAAAGGGGAUUUAUUACACCAAAUUCUUCACGGGCCUUCAGAAGGGAUUUUGAGCUGCACCCAGGAGGAGGUGUACGCUCGCUUACUCCAGUGUGUCACUAAGCAACAAAUGGAAAUCAGUCGCGCCAAAAGAACUCAGAAGCGUUUACAAAUGCUCCUGGCAAAGCAUGUUAUCAAACACUGUGAUCAGCAGCUGAAAUGCUUUGUGAAACAUCAGCUUCAGAGAAUGAAGGUUUUCCAUGAGCCAGCUAGAUUUUUGAGCAAUAGCUCCCUCAGAUGCACUGAAGGUUGGCCGGAAAACAACACAACUACUUCAGAGAGUAGUUUGAGUGUGGAUGUACAGAACGGAGUUAGUGUUGCACCAGGAGAAAUCCGUGGCUUUGCACUUUCUACUGGAGGGCUGCUGUCUCGUGUGGAGAAGGACCUGGACUCUGAUGCAACAUGUAGCAGCUCAGAUGAAGAUGGUGAGGAACAGACUGUAAGAACAGCUGUGGAAGCCAGCUAUACUUCUGAAUGGAAGUGGCUUGCAGACAGAGCUAGAAUUGGCAGCCGUUGGACAUGGCUUCAAGCCCAGAUUUCAGAACUAGAAUACAAAAUCCAACAACUAACUGACCUUCACAGGCAAAUACGUGCCACCAAGGGGACAGUGGUCUUAGAAGAAUUCCCAUUUCCAAAAGACAUUUUGAAGAAGCAAAUACAAUUGACAGACCAAGAAGCUUUAUUAAACGCCACAGGGAAUUCACAAGCUGCCAUCGAGAGACAGAAUUCUUUGCCAGAACAUGACUUUGAAAUGUCACCCAGCAGUCCCACUCUGCUUUUACGAAACAUUGAAAAACAGAGCGCACAACUAAGUGAAAUCAUUAGCAGCCUAAUUGCUCCACUCAAUCUGUCUCCAGCUUCUUCAUCUCUUUCAUCCAAGACCUGUAGACACAGACAGCUGGUCAAUGGCAUCUCCUUCAGAGCUUCAGAUAAUAGAGAGGUAUCCUCUUCAAGCAGCUGGCUGCUUGACCAUCAGCACAUCAAGAAAAGAAGAAGAGACAGGACAAGACUCAGAUCUGUCUCUGUGAAUAGUGUGAGCACAUCUGCCCGAACAAGGCCACUCCAUAGUUUCCAGAAGAGGAAACUCUACAGAAUGCACGGUGCCUGUCAUUGGAAUCAGCAGACUUUUCCAUCUAGAGAUGCCUCCUUUCCAUAUAAAACUCAGUUGCCGUGUGUGGUGCCAGCCUCCACUUUCAGCAGCAGUGAGUACAGCACAGAAUCUAAAAUCCUUGAUUAUGUGCAAGAGCUGGACUCUUCCUUCCAUCCAGUCUUAUCAUUCCCUUCAGAUAUUCCUCUUCACAUAUACUUUGAAACAUUAUUAAGGAAGGAUGACAUCAAAGGAGAACCUGUUGAUACUGCAUCUCUGGGAGGGGAGUUUAAAGUAGCUGCUGACAAUGACUGUAAUCCACAUGUUUCUGUCAAACAGUGGAGCAGUGGCUGUUUGUCUAAUUCCAAAUCUCAGUUGGUGUUAGGAACACCUGACCAGCUGUCAGAAGGAAGGAAGAAAAGGCAUCUAAGUGAGACAGCAGUAGGCGAAAGUAGCACUCAGUUUGAGACCUUCUCCUUCCAACAUGCAGAGCCCAAGUCCCACAACAGUUUUACUCCCACGAGCAGUGUCAGUGCCAUGUCUCGGCCCACUCACAGCACUUCAUCACAGCAUAACUCCAGGAGGAGGUUGAGAAGUGAGAGCUCCUAUGAUAUAGACAACAUUGUUAUUCCCAUGUCACUGGUGGCACCAUCAAAGUUGGAGAAACUACAGUACAAAGAAAUCCUUACUCCAAGCUGGAGAGUUGUUGAACUUCAACCUUUAGAAAAAUCUCAAACAGAUGAAGAAGAGGUAGAAGACCUGUCGGACAAAGCUUUUUCCUUGCGCCACACCAAGUACGAAGAAAGAGAGCGCAUGAGGUGGUCGCUGUGGGAGCAGAGCCGCUGGCCCAGGAGGAACAGCAGAUCUUACAGCAAAAAUGCUGAUGGUCGACACGGCCAGGACUCAGUGCAGAAAGACCAUUGUGCUGCUGACCCUGCUCCUGACCCAGCUUCGGAAUCCCACAGCUCUGUUUGUUCAGAGAUGGCACCACUCUGCAGGGACAGCCAGGAAGAGAAGUCUGGGCUGUGGGAACUUCGAGUUUUUCCACUAAGAGAUGAAGAGGUUGAAGCUUUACUGUGCCAAGAUCAAGUAACGAAUCAGACUGAAAUGUCAAGUGCAACUUUCCCCAGCAACUCUCCCUGCACUCCAGGCACACCCACUGCUUUGCCAGACAAUGGCUGUCCACCAAGAAAACAAUUUACCCAAGAGUCAGAAGACUGCAAAAGUGUUUGCCUGGGAAGCAACAGUACAAGGAAACAAAGGUGACAGGGAAUAAUGUAGUUCAUUAAGAAAGCCAGUUAAGGUGGAGAGAAGUGUAAGGUAAAAUCUCUCGUUCACACAGCAUAUGACAGCACAAUUCAAAACCUUUAUGUUAGCUGCAUAUAAUAUAUUUUCUUUCUUGCUUUGCAACAGGCAGGAUAAAUCCCAAAGACAACACUUUCUUCUUCCUGAACCCCAAGAGAAAGUAAUUAUUUCAAGCUGGAAGUCUAAUAGUCUCAAUGUCAGGAGUGGGCGCACAUAAAUUGCUGGCACCAUUCACUUUCUGUUGUCAUAUUGCCACAUUUGUCAAUAAUCAUCCUUUUCUGUUUGUUUGUUUUCAAAUGCAUAUCUGGUUCUAGUGGACUGUGGUGCAGCAGAAGCUGUCUACCUUAUCCAACAACUUCAACUGAACACAGAAAAACUACUUGAAGAUAGUGGGGAUAAGUGUUAGCCUCAGAUUAUUUCCCUGUUUGGCAUGACCAUGGGGCAAAAACCUGUCUCUCUGACUGCAUGUGUAAGGUAAGGGUAGGUGAGAACCAGCAGUUCAAACCAGGGGAUCUGGAAGCCUUGCAUCUAGUUUAAGUCAUAGAAGUCAGCUCUCAGCAGUGCCAGGGCACAUUCCAUAUUGAAGUCCUCAAGCAAUAAGGUAGAAGCAGCCCACUGCACUGCCAUAGCCAGUGUAUCUGACACCCAGGAAGCAGGGUCUCUGCUUCAGGCCUGUGGGGAGGGAGAGGCAGGAGCAAAGAGGGGUCGAGCCAAAUCAGUGACACAGCCCAUGGAACGUUGUGGUUUGGAUCAUCUUACUUCCUUAGUCCUUCAGCAGCUAAUGAGGCUCAUAAUACUUAGCUUUAAUAUGUUAAAGUCUUGUUCCAAUUGCUGUACAGUGCCUUGUAAGAGUCUCAUAAGUAUGCCAACAUUUGGUGACUAGCUGGAAAGGAAAAGAUGAUUGAUGUCUUGAAGAGCAAUAAAAAAAAAAAGCCCCAAAGCUUUCCAUUGUGAUUCUGGAUACAUUUUUCAUUUCCCAAUGCAUUCACAGUGAGAAAACAAAGGCAAGUUGUUCAAACUUGCAUCUAAAUACCAUAGCUUGGAAUAUAUCUGCAGUCCCAAGAGGUAUUAACAAAGAUUAAACAUUGAAUGUAGGUACAAUCCAUCAACAGGCAGUUUUUCUGUGUAGGACAGUUGAAGGCAACUUAACAGGAGUCUCUGUUUUUUGUGCAGUUUUCUUCCAUGUGUAAUACCUGGAAUGGCACUGGACAGAUGACCGAGUUUUAGUGUCAAUUUAUUUUUUUGGUCAAAAUGACAGGAAAUACACACUGGGCAUAUGAAAACAGUUCAGUAAAGUUUCAACACUACAACCUAUUGCUACAUUGUAGUUUAUUGCACAUUCUGAUUAUUUUUUUUAAACACUUUUUUAACACUGGUUUGUCUUAAACUUGAAUCUUGCCUCAAUGUCUGAUAUAAUACUCUUUGAUGCAAGGUUGGUUUUUUAAUUAAAAGUUAUUUCUAUAUAUGUUGUAUAUAGUCUGAAUUUGAUGGCUUUUUAGAAGUGAAGAAGUAGCAGCAGUACUUCCUCUUGGCCUGCAGACCCACUGCAGCUUUGCUGUGGUACUGUCACUGUGCUUAUGGCAUGAGGCCAAUGGCCCCUCAGUGCCUCAGUAAAGAGGUGUGUGUUGCCCUCUCUCUUGCCCUGCAUGUGCACCUGCUUCCAGGAAAAAGUUGUCAAAGUUCAGAGUCUCAAGUGUUCUGCAGGUCUUUUCCAUAGCCCUGUCUACUCCUUAGGAAGCCUGAUCUGAUCAGCUCUCAGCCUGCCCUGUUCUAAGGUAUGGGCUUCCUGUGUUGUCCGAUGCCUGGGGCAGAGGGAGGAAUUCCUGCACUUCAGGAGAGGGGACAGACCAAGUAAACCAGCCAGCCAGGCCAGCUGCCUUCCAUGUCCUGAAAGUGCUGCUAGGAAGAAGAAAUACAAUCCAGUCUGGUACAGGAGGGUGUUAAAAAAGAGGCCAAAGACCCCUUGUGUCAUAGGAUCUGGGUUAUCCCAGUUUGGCCAGCCUGGGGAACUGCAGAGCAUCCCCACACUGCAGUUCAGGUCCCAGCUGAGGUUCUAAACCAUUGUGUGGCUGCAGUCAGCCCUCGUGUGGGCUAAAGCAGCUGCUGGGUUCCUUGUGCACUGCAGAGGCACUGAGUGCUCUGAGCAAGGGGAACCACGUUUGCUGUGUCCCCUCUUGUAUGUUCUUGCCAGCCCUCAUGGGAACUUGCUAUUGCUUCAUGAGACAGCAAUAAAAAGGGUAGUUAGAGAAAGGAUGGGCAGGCACAAGAGAGAAGCAGAAUGUCUGUUUGGUCCUUACCCAGCCCACUCACGGCAGAAAUCUUUUCUCCAACAGCUGCCUCUCAGCUAGCUAGGCCUGUGACAGCAAACUGGCUGCUGGAGCACAGUGCCAGAGCUGUUCCUCGUCCCACAGUGCCAGCACAGGGUUGUUCCAUGCAGUGGUGGUGCACAGGGCUCCAGUGGAGCAGGAUAGGUUCCAUGGGGGGCCAGGAACAGGCUGCAUUUCCCUCAGCACCUGCCUGCCUCCAGCAUCCCUCCGUGUGGCAGGGCAAGCGAGAUGGCUCUCAAGAAGCUGCAGACCUGUGCCCUGCCUUCUCUGUCUCCACUGUGUCCUGGCUCCAGACAGGGAGGCACCUGAUUUUUUCAGCAAGCUCAUUUCAGUACUGGGACAGGGUUAAAAAACUUGCUGAACUCAACUUGAUUGCAGGACCAGCCUUCUCCUUUCAUUUGUCCCUGUGCUGCAAGCAGCUGCCAUCAGCACUGGUAUCAUGGUUUGCUGCCUGCAGCCCAUGUCCUGGCACAGCUGGCCUCCCACCUCCAGACAGCUGAGUUUUGCAUGAAUGCUGGAGUAAUGAGGAAGCUGUACCUGUUGUAGGAGCAGGCUGAGGGCUCAGGGCUAGGCUCAUCCUCAAAGCCAUAAAAUGUGCAGGAUCCCCUGCUUGUUUUCAUUCCUUUUCAAAGUUUUAAACAGAAAAUAAAGCCCCAGACAAAACCCAACCUCACUUUGGCUGUUAAGCUAUGAAAACAGCUGUUAGUGCUGCUGCUACCGCUGUGGCUGAAGGUAUUACAAAGACUGAUUGUGGAAAAACCAACUUAAAACAAUGCAGCAAUGCCCCCCCAGGCAUGAAAGUGGGUGUUUGCAACUGCACAAAGCCAUUUCCCAUGCGCUUUAUUUACCAUCUUCAACUGAGGCAUUUUUUUAACACCACUUACGUUCCGCUUCCUGCUGCUGUGAGGGUUUAAAAUGCUUCAUCUCUGCAUCCAGGACCUUAAUGGCAUGUAAGUACAAAUAAGGAUUUUGAAACCCUAUUAAAACUAAGCUCUGUCUGCGUCUC